UUGAUACGUUUAUGCUUUGUACGUGGUCUACGUUGGUAGCGUGUUUUUUCGUAUUCCACAUUUUUACUUCUUUUGUUUUAAAAUAGCUAAAAUGGUUGUACGUAAAGCCGGUGGUCCGAACAUAAGUAAAAAGAAGAACAUCGAGGAAGCCAAAAAAAUGGCAGAGAAGAAGAAACUAAUGAUGAAAGAAGAGGAAAGUGAAGAUGAAGAUAUGAGUGAAGAAGAAAGUGAUGACGAUGAUGAUAUGAGUGACAUUGAAGUAGGAAGUGACGAAAGUGAUGAAAGUGAAGAGGAAGAAGAAGAAAGUGAUGAAGACGAUGAUGACAGUUUAGAUGAAGAAGAGGAUACGAAAAAGCCAAAUAAAAGCAGAGAUUUAGGACAGUCAUUUGCAGAUAAGAGCAUGAAUAGCAAAACUCCAGUUAAAGCUUCAAACAAAACUCCUGCUAAAACUCCUAACAAAUUAACUGUUCAACAGAAUUCACAGAAAAAACAGAUUGAAAAUAAAACAGCCAAGACACCUAAACAACAAAAUGUUUUUCAAUCCAAAAUGGAAUUUUCUCCCUCGCCUAAAAAAAAUGACGAUAAUUUAAAAACGCCUGCUUCGCUGAAACAAUCAAAGGCUGCUGGUUCAGCAAAGAGAAAAGUUAUAGAAAUUGAAGAGGACGAUGAUGAUGAUGACGACGACGAUGAUGAUGAGGAAGAGGAUGAUGAUGAUGAUGAGGAGGAGGAGGAAGAAGAGGAGGAUGAGGAAGAGGAAGAUGAUGAUGAGGAUGAAAAAGAAGCACCAAAACUUGUAAAAGCUGUAGAACCACCAGCAAAAAAGGCAAAAAGUGAUGUACCUUCAAUAGAUUUAAAAGCAUCUGAAGAACAGAGGAGAAAAGAUCGAGAUAUUCGUUCUCUGUUUAUUCGAGGUUUUCCAGACGAUACCACCGAAGAAGAGAUAAAAACUUUAUCGUCUGAUAUUAUUUCUGUACGUCUCCCAGCAAAUAAAAAAAGAAAACGUCCUGGUAUGCAAGGAGGAUAUGCUUUUAUAGAAUUUAAGAGUGAGAAAAUAGCCGAAGAUAAUUUUUCGGUUCUUGAAAAAAAGAAAAUCAGAGGGAAAGAAUUGUUUGUUGAUUUUGUGGGUGCCAAAAGCAAAAACAAAGCAUUUGUAGACAGAACAAAGGAGAGAGAUCAGCGAAAUAUAAACAAACAGAAAUUAUUUGUUAGCAAUAUUCCUAACGAAGCCAACAUGGAAGAUUUGGGGAAAGCAUUUCCAGCAGCAGUGAAUGUAUAUCUUAAUUCAGGUGCAAACAGAACUGCUCAGAUUUCAUUUGAUAGUGAAGAAGCUGCAGCUGAAGCUUUUAAAAAGAAUUCCUCCUUGAAAAUAAAAGGAACUCCAGUUGUUGUUUUAUAUGCGCUAAUCAACAGUAAGCAUCACAAUAAGGGAAAAGGCGGAAGAGGUCAAGGUUCUCCAAGAAGACCGUUUCACCGAGGACAAGGAUUUAGGAAGUCUUUUAACAAGCAGAGGAAGCCAUCAAAACACAGUUUUGACGAUGAAGACGACGAUGAAUAACUCUUUCAUCUUUCAUUAAUGUCAUUACUGCAUUUUGUCUAUUCUGUAUGUGUAGUUGUUUAUAUGUGACAACACAUCCAUAAACUCUGAAAUUAUUGUAACAUUUAAAUAAAAAUCUUUUUAUCAAA